AUGUGCAAUGGAUAUGGAAGCGCAAAUGAUGGGACACAAUCGCGCAAUGGUCUAAGGAGUUCAGGUAUAAGUACUCGUAGGAACAGUACUGGUUCACCAGCUCCAUCAUUAAGCUUGACCAAUGUUUACAUUCGUGGACUUGAACAAAAUACAACCGAUGAAGAUCUAAGAGAUAUGUGCGCUAAAUUUGGCCGAAUAGCAUCAACGAAAGCAAUUAUGGAUAAGACAACUGGUCAGUGUAAACGUUAUGGAUUUGUUGAUUUCGAGGAGGCGGCUGAUGCACUGCGUGCUGUUGAAGGCUUGAAUCAGGAAGGAAAGGUACGAGCGCAAAUGGCGAAGGCGCUGAGUCCAAACAACCAAAAUAGCCUCUUUCAGCAACAGGAACAAGAUCCAACAAAUUUGUACCUAGCAAAUUUGCCACCGAAUUAUACAGAAAGAGAUUUGCAAAAGUUAUUGGAAAGUUAUGGUUCAACAAUCAGUACAAGAGUAUUGAAAAAUGGUGAUGGUUCGAGUAGAUGUGUUGGAUUUGCUCGAAUGGAUAAUGAAGAAUUGUGUGCAAAAAUUAUUAAAGAAAUGAAUGGGAAAAAAAUAAUUCCGGGUUGUAGUUUACCAUUAAUGGUAAAAUAUGCUGAUAGUAAUAAGAAAACAAAAAGUCGGCCAUUACAAAGUGUUCCAGGGUUGUACAGUAAUAGCCUUACACAUCUUGAGAUUACUCAACCAUGUUUUGCAACACCACCAUAUGAUCAAAGCGGGCAGUAUAUCCGCACUAAUCCAAACUACCAAUACCUAUUAACACCACCAUCGCCUUAUGUUUACAGUCCACAUCCUCAAUAUCAUGUUUUCUCAGGUUAUGGAGAUGCUCCAAUCGGGAACCUUGCUGCUCAAAUGCAAAAUUUAUCACUUCAAGGUGCUAAUGCAAUGCUGCAUCCAACAGCUGAAUUAACAAAUAUUGGACCGGGUACAAGUAUAACAGCUAAUCAAGCACCAACUGGUACAGCAAUUCCUCAGGUUGCUAUGCAAGCUUAUACAGUUCCACUCUAUCCAUGGCCAUAUGGUGUUCAGGCAACAACUGAUCCGAAUAUGAUUGGUGCAGUGGUAACAUCGACGACACCGUUGCAAAAUUUUGUACCAGAAUUAGUUACUAUGCAUACAGAUGCUGCUACCGCUGCUCUUGCUGCUGCUGCUGCUGCUGCUGUUGGUCGUGGUGGUGGCAAUGGUGGUGUUGCGGUACCAACAAAUCAAACAUCAUCUGGUCAGAUUAUUUACACCACUCAACCGCUACCACCACCACUAGCACCCUCAUAA